AUGUCCUCAAGGCUAUAUCAAGUAAACGAUGCUCAUAAGACGAUUACUAGCAUACCGCAGAAGACUCGAUUUCAGGAUACCCAUCAGGGACUAUCAAAGCCACCCUCGCCCGGCGCAGACUGGGAUAUCGAGCUGGCAGAAGCGUACACGGGUGAUAGCAGAAGGCAGAUGUUUCGAUUCGAAGGUGUUCAUGGGAAGUUUAUAGGAGCCCUUUCAGUGCACAGAAUGUGGUAUGCAUGUAUAUACCCGGCAGGAGGAUUGCCAAGGCAGCACAUCGCAUUGCAGAUGGGCGGCGGUAUCAAGAGCGGGUUGGAUGUAUUCGAGCAUGGAAUUGACGAUUACAAGUGCCCCUCAGUCCUCGCCUCAGACGCAGAUCCAUCAUCCAUCAACACAGUCGGCACGCCCGCGCACGUACCUACCACCCACACCAGGCACACUAGGCACGACGUGCAACAGCUAGUUUCUGUAAGGAGGAGGCUCCUUGCUAGUUGGUCUGGCAGUUUGUGUUGUAUUUUUACGAAUGUUGUGUGCGGACUUUGUGGUGUGGAUGGGGCUUUUCUUGAUAUGGACGAUGGACGAUGGUACUGGCUAGGGCUGGACGCUGUUCUCCCGGCUCCUACCACAUGA